CCGCAGUCCGAACGGGUAAUUAGGGUUCUUCGUGCAAGAAGAUGAGUUCGAUUCCGCGGUCGUGAUAUGAAGGGCAAUCAAAGCAUAUGUCGGUCCGAUCCGACCGUUAGUUGUAUAGCCAUGAUGCAGCAAGUCCCGAUUUUUGUUGCUUGGAUGCGAUUCUCGUAAUGGACCGUCUUGAAGUGCUCGGAGUCACUGCUUGAUUGGUAAUCUGAUAUGGAAUUGUUGUAUUGACCUCCUUUUGAUCAAUCAUCAAUGUGGGGCUCAUCGACAUCUCAUCCACUUUGGUUGCCUUUCUCCUUUGUACGUACAUUGGCUGUCUCUUUGGAAGAUUAAAGUUGUCAUCCUGGCUGGUGGAACAUUUUCUUUUCUGUUAAUUAAGAUAAGGUUCUUUUACCCAAACAAAAUUAGGAUGAUGGAUGGUUCUUUCUUUUGCAAAUGGUAACCGGUGAAGAUGGGAUUCGAACUUUACUAUCGGCAUCUUCCUCAACCUUUGGUAAGUAGACUUGAGUACACAACCACUAUACCGAUGUUCUAGGUGUUCUUAUGUUCAUUUCAUAUUAAUGGUGUUAUUACUUUACCAAGAAGGCUUAUGACUUAAACGUGGAUCUAAGAGCAAUAAUCAUUACUUAAUUUGUACUGACUCCAUACACAAUAACCAUCAGAUUUGGGUUGGAUAUUGGAUUUGAAUAUUUGUUCAUCUAUUUGAAUAUUUGAAUAUUUUUAUGCAAGUGUUGAUAAUAUUCAUAUAAGAUAGUGAACAUUAUUAUGCAAUUAUUUAUAUGUGUAGUUCCUUAAAAUUUUCCAACCUUGUUAUUUAUAUGUCAUAUCAUUCAUCAUUUAAGGAAGAAUUACCAGCUCACUAAAUACACAUGAUUUAUGUUUCCAUCGAAGAAGUCGGUCAUUACUCCAUUCAGUGUUCAUUCACAAGUUUUAUAAUCGUUAUUUUCAAAUGCCUAUUUUUUUUUUUACUUUGGCAAAUGCCUUUUUCUAAGCCAACUAACCUCCUAUGACGUACUCAAAUUACCUUGCCUGCAUCCUUCCACAAUUAUAGCUAAAUAGGAUACAGUAUCAUCAUCUACUUUUUUAUUAUAUUUGUGGGUGUUUGACUGGGUACUUGACAAAGUGGGUGUAGAAAGCAUUAUUCAUUCAGUGGCUCACUCUUUUUUUUUUUUUUCUUUCCAUUUGGUUGUUGGCUGUGGGAGGUGGGACUUGGGUGCUUGAUGGGUGGGUAGGGUGUGAAACAAGAUUCCGAGAGAGCCCAAGAUGCAUGAAUUGCCACUAUCCUCUGCUUUCAGUGAUGCUCAAGACAUACGUGGCCUUGAGAAUAAUCAGUAAUAUCUGAUGAUUCUUUUAGAAAGCUUGGUAAGAUAGCAACUAUAACGUUAACUUCUGGAUGCUCAAGGCAUACAUGGCCUUGAGAAGAAUCAGAAAUAUCUGAUGAUUCUUUUAGAAAGCUUGGUAAGAUAGCAACUAUAAAGCUAAUUUCUGGAUGUCACAAUGAUUAGUUUGUCAUGUAUGAUGCAUGAAUAUGUUGAUAAGGAUGAUUUGUGGGACACAGUGCAUCUGUACAAGUAGAUUGUGACGUUUGUUGACCAUCGAGUAUAAAAUAAAUCAAAUUUGCUUCGAAAAAGAGUAUGCUAUACUUGUGGAUCGGAAUUUACCUUCUGCUUGAAGAGACUUGAGAUCAGAAACUGGAUAAGUCCAUAUCGAGUCAGCUCUGUUUUACUUUUGCCCAUGUGCAACCUAUCUCAGAUUUUUAAAUGUUAAUGUCAUCUUUCUGUCAGUGAGAAGAUACCUAGUGAGUUUAUUUUAAUAUAUUUGCUUUCUGAUAUAGGGUCUCGUGAUGGUUGACUAGAAUAUUGACUAGUUAAAGAGUGAAGGCAAAUUAAAGAAGUACAAAGCAAAAUUAUUCACUAAAACAUUGUGGUUAUGUUGUCAUAUUAGCCUCAUGACUGAUAAAAGAUAUAUCUCGUUCUUUAUCUUGGAAGACAUUGAUGUUAUAUUUCAUGACUUUAUCUAGUGUAGAGUUUAGAAAAUUUCACCAUAUUAUCUUUUUCAUUAUUUAGACAUUGAUAUUCUAUUGAAUUUUGAAAAAUGUGUUCAAGAAAAUGUAUCCCAACAUUUUCCAAAUUGUAAGCUUAUUGUUCAUCAAGCAUUAGGAUUUUUUUGAUUGUUGAAUCUUUGAUUUCGAUGGAGUUCUGCUGUUUAAAACAAAUCUGACAUGUUUCCCCAACAUACUGUGGAUGGAAGUACAUUUUAGUGCGAAAUUGGACUUAAAAAUUGCUUAUGGUAAGAUUCGUCACUGCAUGUUUUUCUUAUUUAUCAAGUGAAACAACUGAUAUGCAUUAAUAUAUAAAGCAGGGUGCUUCAUUAUAUGUUAGUGGAAGUGUUUAUAACCUUAAAUGCAGCACGAUACAUGUUAACUAUUUUUAUUGUUUUUCUUAAAUGUUUAAAGCGGAAGUUCCUGGAACCAUCUUGAUUUGAUAUCUUGAGGUUUUGGGUCAUCUUUUCUCAAUUGGAUUCAAUACAUGUCCGCGAUCUAUGUAGGCAAAUUGAAACCUCCUACUAGAUCCUACAUUUAGAGUAAGAUAGACAUAAAUUUGUUCCUUCUUGUCUGUAAGCUGAUAAAUGAAUGCAUUUAUUUGUAAUACCAAAUAUUUAAGACAGGCGGUGAUGGCUAAGUAGAUGUGAAUAUUAAUCUUGAAAAUUUGCUAGUUCAGUCAUCUUCACAGGACAGAAAUAUUGUCCUUUUUGUUACUUUUAUCUAACCAACAACUUAUAAAAGAAAAUGAAUUCCAUAUUGCACUUUUAAUGGUUGCUUGUUACUAAAUUUUUAUCAGCAUGUUUGGAGUGCAUUCCAUGAUAUCUGUAGUUUUAAUGUAGGAAGAUUAGAAUGUGUUAUGUGUUGCAUUUGUGUGGUGUUUGUGCCUAGAAUGGAACUGGAUUUCUGUGGAAAAUUUUGCAGGCCCUAAUUUUGCCACCUUGCAACAACUGAGAUCAGGUUUAUCCAAUGCUUGCUGUCGGAAUCAUUUCCAAUCAUUAUUGUUUGCGAAGUUGAGAAUUUUCAAUUUUUCCAACAGUAUUCGUUGCAGAUUUGGCAUCUGAGUAUGUCCGUCCAGGUUAAGAUUCUGUUUUCAACAUUGGACAACGAUGGAAGGCAAGAAUCAUGAUGAUGAGACAAAUUAUGCUUUGCAUCCUGCAACUUUUGCUCCUUUAGCAAAGUAGUGGAUGGGACCAGGCACCCCAAAAACACCAAAACUGAAAACCAUUUGAGAGAGCUGUGGGAAAUGUUACUCCAUCCGACUCAUAUUGGAUAUGGAAUAAAGAUAGCAUAUCAAAAAUGUGUGUUCUCAUUCUCAUCUUUUCUUUUCCAUGUGCUUCAGGAGAUAAAAAGAUAAUACACAUGAAGGUGGCUGCUACUUGUCAGCAGUGAGAAAUAUUAAGGAAGUUUAUUACUUGUGUUGCCAUCAAUCAUAGAAAGGAUGUCUUCAUGGGGUUGCUGGCCUUUAUCUCUACAGCCUAGAUUGAGCACAAGUUAGCUAACAGGAAUUUGUGGCUAAUUUUCAAUGAACGUGUAAUUCCCAUGAUUCCUACUUUUUAGCAGUCGUUGGCGAUUUUUUGGGAGUAUCAACCAAACGAGUACAACUUCAUCUGGCUCUGUGUUUUCCUUAUCGGAUCUUAUGAAGUAAUUCUUAUUGGCCUCUGUUUAUAUCAUUGAUACUGGUUAUAUCAGCCUCCAAAUUCUGAAAGAGAUGGAAGCUUAUUUUUUAUUAAAAUGGCCGACAUGAGAGGUAACUUCUUAACAAGGGAUGUUGAUCACAAGAACAUACAGGUGAUGAUUUGUGGCAUGUAGUAGAGCAUCUGAUGACAUACAUAUUGGAUAUGCUUAACAUAUUACCAUCCAUUCUCGAAAUAAAUAAACAGAUAAAGAGUGUAGAUCUGGUUAAUUCAUCAGAAGCUCAUGAAUCACUUGGAUGUCUGCUUAUAAUUUGAUUUGAGAAUUAUAUCCUAUGCGGUUCCAUAUAUCUUAUUCAUCCAAAUCUACUGGCCUUCAAAGCCUUUCAAGUUUUAUGCACAUGCGAGUAAUCUAAAGGUAAAGUCGAACCAGUUCAACAUCACUGCCAAGAGGGUAGUAGACAUUUUCUAGAUGCAAAGAGCACUAAUUGUUUUUAGUUGAUUAGCUGCUGAAGAAUGUCAAUUGUUGAUGUCACUGGGAAAGAACCAUACCAUGCUCCAAAAGCAUCUUGUUAACCAGGAAUGUUUUGCUGCUCUAAGACAUCAUCAAGUAAAGCUAAGGGUGUUCCAUGUACGAAUCAAAGUGCAUAUUGCCCAUGGUGUUGUAGAUACAGCAAAUGAGCCUUUUGGUUCUGUGCUACAUGAGUAGUAUUUUUUCAUGAGCUCCAGCCAAGUUAAUUUUACUCAGAUUCGGUUUUAGUCCAUCUCUUGGAUCUUCAACUGAACCUGCCCCACCAGAGUGAUACAGACUUUGCUAGUGGGUUCUGUGACACACAUCACAAGCCCUUUUCCUGCUCUAUAAAUACCAAUCCAACAUGGCUCUUCAUAUCUCAUCAGCACCUCCUAUCUCUGCAUUCCACCACUUGCUCUGUUUCUUUUUUCACGACACUUAUCCAGAGAUGGAGUAUGCUUCUAGCUUGCAGCGCCAGCUUGCCAGCAUGAAGAAGAACCUCUUUGAUCAGGGAUACCUAGAUGAACAAUUUUAUCAGCUAGAGGAGUUGCAGGAUGAAUCCAGCCCUAAUUUUGUGGAAGAAGUUGUCACCUUGUUCUUCAGGGAUUCAUCCAGAUUGGUGGCUAACAUCGACCAGGCUCUUCAGAAGUACCCUCAAGAUUUUCGUAGGCUGGACAACAUCAUGCACCAGUUGAAGGGUAGUGCUUCCAGCAUCGGUGCUGCAAAGAUGAAGAAUGAGUGCACCAGUUUCAGAGAAUUCUGCAAUAAAGAAAACCGUGAAGGAUGCCUGAGAUCAUUUCAGAAGGUGAAGAAGGAGCAUGCCGUCCUGAAGCAGAAGUUGGAAAACUACUUCCAGUUGCUGAGACAAGAUGGUCCUGUUGACAAAGCGACUCGCUCUGGCAACUGAGAAGAGAGGCUCUCGUUCGUGAAGCCAUGCCGCCGGUGGGAGGCAUGAUGCGCGUCCACUGACCCAUUAUAAAGCCUAGAUUGUGUGAGAAUAAGCAAUGUUGUUACAGUUGAUGUUGGCUGUAGAAUGCAAAAUGGAAUCGAUUAUAUUGUAUCCUCCUCAUCUAUAUAUUAUAUAUAAUUGCAUGAGAACAAGCCAUCUCUUCUUUA